AAAUGAAACGCGCGCCCGUCUCGCGGCCCUACCACGCGCCUAUUGCUAACUGAUAUCGCCCUCCUCCGGACGCGAUUCAAUUCAAAUUUCGAAAAAAAAAAAAUUCAAACGAUUUUUAAAAUCUUAUAUUCGAUUUCAACCAGCAUUAAAAAUUGUUGACAAUAAAAAUAGUGAAAAGGUUUAUGUGUUUAUCGAAAGUUAUGGAUUGUUGCAAUUGAACGAUUAAAGCAAACGUUUUGUAUAUUUUUUCGUAGCAAAAAGUAUAAAAAAAGUUAUUAGAACGAAAAUGGCCAACAGGUGCAUCGUGUCCCUCCUAGUGUUAUGUCUGACAGUGAUCUGUCACAAUGGGCAAGCGGCUGAAAAUAAUAUCAUUCUCACAACACCGGAGUACAUCCAGCCAUGCAGUCGGAGCGACCCUCAACUGGACAGCUGCAUCAAGAACUCCUUCAACCACCUCCGUCCAUAUCUAGCCAAGGGUUUGAUAGACAUCGGCAUCCCGCCUAUGGAGCCUCUGCUCAUUGACAGGCUGGUGAUGGAGAAUGAUGCUGGACCAGUGAGAGUCACUGCUGCAUUCAGUAAUAUCACAGUCAUUGGACCUAGUAACUAUACUGUCACUAAAAUUAGGUCGGACUUGAAGAAGUUAAGGAUCGACAUGGGGCUGAUCCUGCCGCGGAUCGAGAUCACGGGCCGCUACGAGGUCUCCGGACAGGUGCUGCUGUUUCCGGUGCGCUCGCAGGGAGACUUCUGGGCAGCGUUCAUCGACGUGGUGGCAAUCGCCAAAAUCUUUGGCAAGGAAUUCGAAAAGGACAACAUCAAGUACAUGACCGCUGAUAGGCUGCUGGUUGACUUCAAGCUCAGAAACUCCAGGUUCAGGGUUCGAGACACCAUCAACUAUGGAAGCGUCAUUGGUGAAGCCAUGAACCAGUUCCUCAACAACAACGCAGCAGAGAUCAUCGAGGAGAUGCGGCCUGCAGCAGCCGUGUCCAUUUCCAAGCACUUCAAGGCGUUCCUCAACGCUGCCUUCGAGAGAGUCCCCAUGGACCUGUGGCUGAAGCCAUAGACCAGUGAUUGAAAGACUUAAAGUCAUAGCACACUUUACCGCGUUGCUCUCAUUCGGCAAGAUGACGUUUAGUGAAAAGUGGGCUUACUUUACAUUGAUAAGACGAGAGCUGACAGCAAGCAGUCAAUUUAAGCGAGCAGUUAACUUAUUUAAGGGUGCGGGCGUUUUUGUGAACGUCCUCUUACCAGGAGGUGGUGAGGUAGAUGUGUGAUAUGACUUUUACACUAGUUUUAUAAUGAACGUUACCUGAUUACAGACCAAGCCAUAAACAGAAUUACAAUAAUUGUUUUUUAGAUGGCGCUGAAAGCGUCAAUUUGCAAAAUGGUAUUUGGUUCUCAUGAAAUUACUAUCUAAAAUGUAUUUUCUUAAAUCGAUCAAAGCCACCUGAUAUAUGCAUAUCAUCGUCCUUAACUUCACUUGUGUUGGCCAGUAAAAUGUCGUAGGUAAUAAUAAUUGUGUAAAUUCUCAAGUGUUUUGCAUUGUAGCCAUAGCUGAACUUAUGACAUAACUUAAUAAUAUUAUUUCGGAAUCUAGUUACAAAGAGAAUUAAUUACAAUUGAUCCUAUAACAACUGAAGAAUUUCGUUCAAUUUAUUUAAGUGAUUUAAGAUUUAAGACUGGCGUGUUUGGAGUAUUCAAUGCAUUAUAUAUUUUGUAGGAGGUAUAUACGUACCUAAGUAGAUUUUGCGUUCAAUACAUAUUGUUAAGUUGGGUUCCUCAUAAAAGUAAUACUAAUUCCAUUUAAAUAUUAAUUGAAAUUCUUCAGGAGUUCAAUCGGGAUCUUAAGAAACUUGUUAUAGUUAGACAUUUGUCAAUAGUAAUAACGUAAUAGCGAUUGCAGGUUACAAAUCGUCUACAGAUAAAUGACAACUGACAUAAUAAAAUGAUAUUAAAAUCUCUACACAAUGAUAAUGAAAAAAUAACAUCCAAUUUAUUUUACCUAUAUAAAGAUAUCAUUUUUUAAAAACAUUUCUGGGCAUGUGUUGUACUGCGCUAUAAUAAGUUUUAUUUAUUUAAGUAGUAACCAAAUUAGCUGUAAGUUUGUAAGUACAUAACUUAAUCUCAGUGUAUUGUGCACUAUAUAAAAGAAUGUGAUCAUAAAGUAUAGUUGUAAAGAUAAGUAUUUUUAUGUGAAUAAAAAAAUAUGUAUUUAAA